UGUGAAGAAGACAUCUGGUGAGCGUGAGACACCCAGCAGCCAUCCUCGUGUGACAGGAGGACUGAGCAGGUCCCAGAGCCCCAUCACGGUGCCUCCACCUCACUCACUGGUACAUGAAAGACACAGUGACCAGAAGAUCCAGGAACUCACCAACAAGAUCAUUCAGCUGCUGACUGGAGAGGAGGGUGAGUGUAUAGAGGAACACAGGGGUCUGUACAAGGACAUGAUGAUGGAAAAUCACCGACCCCUCUUAUCACUGGAUGGGCCCAGUAACAGAGAUACCCCAGAGAGAUGUUCCCAUCCACUGUAUACCCAGGAUUGUACAGAGGAGAAUCACAGGACCCCACAAGAGAAUCAGGAUGAAUGUCUCACUGACAUUAAGAUAGAAGAUACAGAGGGAAAAGAAGAGACGUAUGUGACUAAUAUAAAGGCAGAAGAUAUAGAGGGAGAAGAAGAGACGUAUGUGACUGAUAUAAAGGCAGAAGAUAUAGAGGGAGAAGAAGAGACGUAUGUGACUGAUAUAAAGGCAGAAGAUACAGAGGGAGAAGAAGAGACGUAUGUGACUGAUAUGAAGGCAGAAGAUACAGAGGGAGAAGAAGAGACGUAUGUGAGUGGUGAUCAGCAGUGUAAGGAGGAGGAGAUCCCUACAGAUAUCAGCACAGCAGAUGGACACACAAGCAGGAAUAUCUCAGAAGGACAUCUAAUGUUAUCCCUGGAUUGUGACAUAAAAGAUAAUGACAGUAGACAGGAUUCUCCAGGAGAUAACCCCAUUACCCCAAUUAUACAUCCAGCUCUAUCAGCUGGUCCCUCUGAUCCUGGGAAAUGUUCUCCUGAUCACUCUGAUAUUGGUGCAUCUGUUACAGCUCUGACAGUAGAUACAGUGUUUCCCUGUUCUAUAGAUGCCAACUAUUUUACACAGAACACAAAGCUUAUAACCCAUCAGCCAGUUAAAGCAGGCGAGAGGCCAUUUCCAUGUUCUGAGUGUGGGAAAUGUUUUACAUACAAAUCAGCUUUUGUUACACAUCAGAGAUAUCACACAGGUGAGAAACCAUUUCCAUGUUCUGAGUGUGGGAAAUGUUUUGCACGGAAAUCAAAUCUUGUUAAACAUCAGAGUAGUCACACAGGUGAGAGGCCAUUUUCUUGCUCUGAGUGCGAGAAAUGUUUUACACGGAAAUCAAAUCUUGUUAAACAUCAGAGUAGUCACACAGGUGAGAGACCAUUUCCAUGUUCUGAGUGUGGGCAAUGUUUUGCACAGAAAUCACAUCUUGUUACACAUCAGAGAAGCCACACAGGUGAGAAGCCUUUUCCAUGUUCUGAGUGUGGAAAAUGUUUUGCACAGAAAUCAAAUCUUGUUACACAUCAGAGAAGUCACACAGGUGAGAAGCGAUUUUCUUGCUCUGAGUGUGGGAAAUGUUUUGGACGCAAAUCAGAUCUUGUUACACAUCAGAGAAGUCACACAGAUAAGAAUCCAUUUCUAUGUUCUGAGUGUGGGGAAUGUUUUGCACACAAAUCAGAUCUUGUUAUACAUCAGAGAAGUCACAGAGGUGAGAAUCCAUAUCUAUGUUCUGAGUGUGGGAAAUGUUUUGCACACAAAUCACAUCUUGUUACACAUCAGAGAAGUCACACAGGUGAGAAGCCAUUUUAUUGCUCUGAGUGUGGGAAAUGUUUUACCCAGAAAUCAUGUCUUGUUAUACAUCAGAGAAGUCACACAGGUGAGAAGCCAUUUCCAUGUUCUGAGUGUGGGAAAUGUUUUGCACACAAAUCAGAUCUUGUUAUUCAUCACAGAAGUCACACAGGUGAGAAGCCAUUUUCUUGCUCUGAGUGCGGGAAAUGUUUUGCACAGAAAUCACAUCUUGUUACACAUCAGAGAAGUCACACAGGUGAUAAGCCAUUUUAUUGCUCUGAGUGUGGGAAAUGUUUUACCCAGAAAUCAAGUCUUGUUACACAUCAGAGAAGUCACACAGGUGAGAAGCCAUUUUAUUGCUCUGUGUGUGGGAAAUGUUUUACCCAGAAAUCAAGUCUUAUUAUACAUCAGAGAAGUCACACAGGUGAGAAGCCAUUUCCAUACUCUGAGAAAUAAAUCAGCUCUUGUUUCACACAACAGACAUCACUUAGGUGAGGAACCAUUUUAAUCUUCUGGAGUAUACUCAUCAUUGCCAUGCGUUUUUCUUCAAGGUUCUUAUCCUAUCUCCUAUGCUUUUUGCAAUAUACAUGCUACCACUGGGUGAAAUAAUCAGAUGUCAUGCCCUCAUCUACCACUGCUAUGCAGAUGACCUGUCUUUUGCUCCAGGUACCCAGUACCAAUCCUAAAUGGUUGUCUAGCUGAGCUCCAGGUGUUGGUGAUGCCAGUUGGCUGUGACUCAGUCCUGGUGAAACAGGUCUUUAUGAUAGAAGCUCACCACCAAAGGACAGGGCUACAGCUCAGCUUUGCCUACCAACCAGACUUACGCUUGGGGGUUCAGAGUUACAAAAUGCUGAUCAUGUGUGGAAUCUUGGUGUCCUGGGUGGUGGAGUGACACUUAGACAUCAGGUAUCUGCCACAAUCAGAUUGUCAUCUGAGGAACAUAGCCAGACUCCACCACUUAUUUCCCUCAGAAGAUCUACCUACAGUCAUACAUACACUUGUAUAAUCACACAUAGACUACUUCAAUAUCUUCUAACUGGGUCUCCCAGCAAAAGAAUUGCACCGCUUGUAGCUUGUACAGAAUGCAGCAGCCAGGCUGUUACCUAACCAGCCCGUUCCUGCCACAUCACACCCAUUCUCUACUCCCUUCACCGGCUGCCAGUAAGAUGGGGACUAUUAAUCUUACUGACUCUCCCAGCCCUACAUGACCGGGGUCCAAGGUAGCAGAAGCAGCGUCUUCCUCCUUACUGCCCAGCUUGCUUCCAUCUGCAGAUGGACUGUUACCAGCAGUUCCAAGAAUCCUCAAGAAGUUCUGAGAUGUCAGAGUGGAGACAUGUUGGAUGGCACUAUUGCUGUGGUGGGGACUGCCGGAGGCACUAUCUGUGGCUAGUAUCCCCAAGCGGUGCUGAGGUGUCAGAGGGGAGAGACAGGGUGGGUGGCACUAGUGCUGUAGUGGGGCUGCCGUAGGCACUAUGGGUAAUUUAUUUUUCAUCCACUUGGGGUCACUGGAGUACUCUUGAGAUAUGUACGGAGAGUUAGCAGGAACAGGCACAUUUAAAUUAGUAACCCUCCUUCCCCUCCAUACUCCCAAAGGUACCUCACGUGGAGAGUUCUCCACAGUUUUUCUAUUUUUCACAAAUUUUUUCUUUUUUACACUCAAUCCCUUCCCAGAUUAUUAAGAAGCUUUGGUCCGGGAUUGUUUGUGCUGCUGCUGCAGCAAUUGGCUUGUCGUGCUCAGGAGAGGAGUACGAGUACGGCGGCUGCCGUGACUCUGUCUUCAGAAGGAGGAGAGGGGGGAGGCUGAGCGCAAUAUAUAUUGGCUAAUAUGGUAAUAAGUCUCAUCUUGCAUGCUUUAUUAUACUUGAGUAUAGGCAUGCACAUGGCAGGACGCCAUUUUAACCUUACUUCCUGGUUCUUCUUGCAGGAAGUUUGCUGCUGUCCUACGACACUCGCCCACUGGAGGAGUUGGGGUGUUAGUAGGAAUUCGGUACAGCACAGGUUUCACUGAUUGCAGUGUGUCCCACGUACACUGCACUUCUGGGUUAUUCACACUUUAGUUACAUUUUUACUGAGUCGUGGGACUUGUCUGUUUUUUGUCUACUUGUCUGUGUACAUAAUGAGUAAGGCAAAUGCAAAAUCAAAAAAGCAGCUUAGCUGCAAGGUCUGUGAGAGUGUGUUACCUGACUGAACUGCUGCAUGCACAGUAUGUCUUGCAAAUACGAACCCAUACCCUGAUCCUCCUUGGGUAAUGUCUGGGUUACAAUCGGAAUUGGCCGCUGCGCGAAAGGAGCGUGAGACGGCUAGAUCUGAGGCUAGGGUAAUACCAGAAGGGGCUCAGGAGAUGUCUAGGACUUUGCAAGGGUUACAAAAGUCCAAGUCUAGCUCAGUUCCGAAAGAUAGUUAGCAUUUGUUUUAUAACUUACCAGUUUCAGCGAUGUUGCAUUCUGUCGAUUCAAUGCCAGACCUGAUAGCUGAAGAGGAACAUGAGGAAGGUGAAUUGGGCCAGAAGUCAGAUAAUGAGGUUACUGAUAGUCUGGCCAUUGAUAAUCUCAUCGGUCAGUACAUCAGGUUCUAAAUUUUACAGAGGUUGAAGAACCUCUUUCAAAUGAUGAAGUGUUAUUUGCUAAAAGACGGAGAACACCGGUGUGUUUUCCUUAUUCAGAUUCUCUGAAUAAGCAGUUAACAGAAGCAUGGAAGAAUCCGGAUAAACGGUUUUCUAUGACUCAGCGGUUUCUGUCUAGUUACCCGUUCCCAGAGUCUAUGACGUCUAAAUGGUGAAAUUGGCCGGCUGUGGAUUCCUUGGUGUCAAAACUUUCUAAGAAGUUAACCAUUCCAGUUACAGCUGCUAUGACGCUUAAAGGCCCAUCAGAGUGUAAGCUAGACGCUAUGCUAAAGUCAGUGUAUACAGCAGUAGGGGUGUUGCUUAGACCUGCUUUGGUUGGAGUUUGGAUUAAUAAGGCUGUAGUUGCAUGGGCAACACAGCUUAAGUUGGGCCUACAAGAAGAACAUCUGUGAAUCUGCUGAGUAUCUAGGUAUGGCUUUUAUGGACGUCGGCCUGGUUAGUUCUCACCUUUCAGCUUCACAAGUUGCAGCACAACGUGCACUUUGGCUGCAUUCUUGGCAGGCGGAGGCAGAGUCCAAAUGAGGAAUAGAUGCAUUGCCUUAUGCUGGCGAGAUGUUGUUUGGUCCUGAAUUGGACAAAUGGAUUUCUCAGGCCACGGGGAGAAAGUCUAUUUUCCUACCAUUGCCUUUACAGGUUCCUAAAUGGAAAUUAUCUGGAUCAGCAUUCAAAUCCUAUAGACCUCAGUCCUUUCGAGGCCAUGCUAGAGGAACAACCAUACACAGUAGACAUGGUAGAUGACGUGGUUUUCAAUAAACCACUAACCGUCAUGACACUAAGACGACCGACAAGCCAGUGGCAUGACGGGCUUCCAGCCCAUCUCGGAUCUUCAGUUGUGGGUGUCACAACUGAGGCUGACUUAGUGAAGCCUCAGAUGUAGGGGCUGGCGUGUAGGUGAACCGUGGAGGUAAGAUUAGGUUCCUAGAAAUGCAGGAUGUUUGAACACCAUCAACCCGAAGGCGUGACCACAACAAUGGAGUAAAAUAUAAAAGUCAAUUUAUUGAACACACAGUAUAUAUCUUGGCAAUGAGAUAUCUUCAACAGUGAGUGCAGAAUUAAAUGCAGUACAGUUCCUGGGAAUGCAACUGGUAUUUGAGACUGUGGCUAUGCAGAACAAGAUGACAAAAGUCCUUGCCAAAAUCCGGAGUUGAAAAGUCUGUGGCCACAGCUAACCGCUGUAAUGAGGAACAAGCAAGUACUGCCCAGUAGGUGGCAGACAGGAGACUGGGAUAGGCACUGAUACACUGAGGUUGAAGUGAAGUAGAUAGAAUUGCCAGAGACUGCCGAACGGAACCGGUGUGAGGAAAGAUGUGCUGAACUCACCACUGGAGCAAAAGUUUGAUGGUGAACAUUGAUGAAUACUGUGGUCCGAUGUUGUGUAGAAGGAGAUGCAGAGUGAUAUAUGAAUACCGCUGGAGAUGACGUGAAGCACUGCUGUAGGCAGAUGGUAACACCAAGCACUGCUGGAAGCUGGAAGCCAGUGACACUUUACCACAAAGGCUAGUGAGCAAUGCUGUAGAUAAUGGAAGUAGCAACAAUACCAAGACACCGCUGGAAGCAGAGCAGGUCCACAGCUGGAAGCCAAUGUCAGGAUCGCAGUAGAAGCAGAGCUGGAACACUGCUGGAGUCAGGCGGCACCGCAGGGUGGUAAUUGGUGCCGGUCUCUUGGAGAAGCUGAAUCACAGGAGCUGGAGUACCUGGAAAGUCAAGCUGGAAAUUCACCAAACAGGCGAGACAUGUAUGCAAGGAUUGACAACCAAAGCACUGACCCUUACCCAGCCCUGGAGCAGGAAAUUUAUACCAGCUGGUGAGCCUGGAUUGGCUGGAUAAUAUAGGCAGAGUCCAGACUGCAGCGGAUAGGCUGAAAACAACGUGAUAAAAAACAAACAUGGCUGCGCCCAUGUUUGAAACUGGAAGGAAAGUCUGUCUGUACUUUACAUGUGGGAAUUGGCAGUAAUGGCGGCAGAGGCUGCGGAGGGCAGGAGAUGCCAUACUUUAAACAAAUGGAUGUUUUGUGUAAUAUUGCCAUGCCAGCGCUGCUGCAAUCAGAGAGGAGAACCUUGAGACACAGAUAUGCAGUGCGCUGCCCGCAGACAGUGCAGGUGGAAUCCAGGCCUGGAACGCCGGGCCAGUCUCAGAUGGCACUUAGCAGGUAAAUAAUGGGGGUAAUAACCCGGAUCGUGACAGUGGGAGCACGCCUUCAGAUGUUUCAUUUGGCGUGGUUUCAGACAUCCAUAGAUGGGUGGAUCCGCAAUUUAGUGUCCAAAUGUUACAAAUUAGAGUUCGAUUGUCUUUCACCAAUGCGAUUUUUCAAGACAUGUCUGCCUGUGUCAGGAGACAAGAAGGCGGUUCUGUAGACCAUGAUUCAGUCUCUCGUAGAGUCAGCAGUUUUGAUUCCGGUCCCAGAUCACCAACAGGGUCAAGGUUACUAUUCCAGUCUUUUUGUAGUACCAAAGCUGGAUGUCUCUGUCAGACCGAUAUUGAACCUAAAGGGGCUCAAUCACUACAUCGCUUACUACAGAUUCAAGAUGGAAUCCCUGCGUUCAGUGAUGGGUUUAGAGCCACAUAAAUUCAUGAUUUCUCUGGAUCUCAGGGAUGCGUACUUACACAUUCCAAUUUGGCCACCACAUCAGGUGUACUUCAGGUUUGCAGUACAACAAAACCAUUAUCAAUUUCAGGCACUACCAUUUGGCCUCUCGUCAGCACCUCGGGUGUUCACGAAGGGGAUGUCUCUGAUGAUAGCUCAUCUCAGAUCCCUGGGAGUGAUAAUAGUUCUGUACUUCUCAUCAAAGCUCCGUCUCAACAGAUACUCCUUCAACAUAGAAAUUGGUGUUGAAUCGGCGCUCCACAGCACACACAAACCCAAUUAAACUCUGAUAGCUGCUCACCAGUUGUGGACGGGCUGUCCCAACAGAUUAUCAAUAAGAUCAAAAAAAGCAAAAGAAGGGAGCGCUAGGAGAGUCUAAUAUUACAUUUAUUAAUGAAACAGUGUUUCAAAUGCCACAUGAAUCACAAUAUAGCCUAGUAAAAAGUAUACACAUUUAUUUAAUAAAAUACUGUAUUAAAUACAGCUGCAAUGUAUCACCUGAAUUAAAAAAUAAAUAAAUAGUGAAAUGACACUUAAUAUAACCCGUAUUUUGACCGUGCGUCCACGGACUAAAAGGUUUUAUGGAUUAGUUAGUUAGGAAAGAUGGUGACGUCUUUCAAAUCACUCCAGUUCGGAAGAUUUCACUGAAGUCCUUUUCAACUGGAUGUUCUCGCACAGUGGACAGGCUCACAUCUACAAAUUCAUCAGAUGGUGAGGCUGUCUCCAAGGGCCAGAAUACCACUACUCUGGUGGCUCCAAGUACACAAUCUCACAGCAAGAAAAAUAUUUGGAGUCUGGAAUUGGAUUAUUCUGAUGACAGACACAAGUCUCAGAGGUUGGGGAGCAGUGGUCCAAAAUUGUCAGUUUCAGGGUCUCUGGUCAGAAAGUUUACUGUCAAUAAAUGUCCUGGAACUCAGGGCAAUUUACAACACGCUGCGACAGGCAGUUCACAUGCUCCAUUCUCAGACUGUUCAGGCUCAGUCAGACAACGUGACGGCAGUCACAUACAGCAACAAACAAGGAGGAACUCAAAGUUGCAUGGCCAUGCGGGAAGUUGCUUGACUCCUCAAGUGAUAUUGCUGGCAGUGUUUAUUCCAGGAGUGGACAACUGGGAGGCGGAUUAUCUCAGGGAUACUAUUAAAAUUAUAUUUUGUGACGGUUUGCAACAUUUUUAAUUAAGCACUUGACAGGUGUUCUUGAUCAACUAAUGAAGCAGGGUAUAAAUAGAGACCCAAUAUACAGUGUAUUUAUGCUCCUGAGGAAGCUGGAUCACCUUGUUGCCAGCGAAACGCGUUGAGCUCUAUACCCCACCUGGGCACUACUCCACGACACAUUGGGACUCUGACACUCUCGGCAUUUGUUUGGACUUUGCUCCUAUCACUGGGAUUCAUUCCCCAAGGAUAAAGAACCGGAUCCACACCAACAGCUAGCAAUGGACCCUUCCUAAAGCUGAUGCCAUUUAACAUCUCAUCUGUGGAAACCGGUAACUAUCUGCUGCUACAGUGAUUGCUAUUUGGAGACUGUCCUAGCCGUGUAAAUCUGCAUAUGUCCCAAAGGAGAGUGGAUGUAUAAGUGACUAUACCCAGUGGGUACUAUUAUAUUAUAUAUUUUAAGUGUUAUCCUGAUCAAUAACAGGACUCUAUACCUGUCUUUUUAAAUGAUUUAAUAAAUUGACAUUUUAUUCAGCAAACCGUCCUUAUAUAAUUCUUACAGCCAGCGCUGGUACCUGUGUUUUUUUCUAUUGGAUUAUCUCAGCCGUUAGGAUUUUCAUCAAGGGGAAUGGGCCCUAAAUCCAGAGGUGGGUUUACCCACAGGUGGAUCUAAUGACAUCUUGCCAAAAUCAUCAAACACCCCAGUAUGUGUCCAGAACAAGAGAUCCAAAGGCAGUGGCAGUGGAUACUCUCACAAUCACGUGUCCGUACAGCCUCGUGUAUCGGUUUCCACCUUUUCCACUGCUUCCUCAGAUGCUAAAGCAGAUCAAAUGACAGUCCAUGAUAGUCAUAUUAGUGGCGCCUCAUUGGCCUUGGAGAGCGUGGUUCUCGGAUCUCAGAGGUCUACUCGCAGACAAUCCGUGGACACUCCCGCUACGUCCAGCCAUGCUACAACAGGAUCUAUUCCUGUACCCCGGUUUAGCGCUGCUGCGUUUGACUGGGGUGCUGUUGAAACCACUCUCUUCAGAUGAGAGGGCAUUCCAGAAUCAGUUAUACCAACCAUGUUACAUGCUAGAAAGAGAAAGCCAGUAACGGAAGCUAAUUAUCACAGGAUUUGGCAUACCUAUAUAGGGUGGUGUGAAGCUCGGAAUUUUCCGACAUCAAGUUAUCCUUUCAAGUUAUCCCGUCUUUUGCUAUUUUUACAGACAGGGUUAGAUGGAGAACUGCGUUUAUCUACACUAAAGGUGCAGGUCUCUGCCUUGUCAAUUUACUUUCAAAGGCGUUUGGCCCUUUUGCCAACUGUUCACACUUUCCUGCAAGAUGUCCUCAGAGUACAACCUCCAUUUAUACCACCUACAGCGCCAUGGGAUUUGAAUCUGGUUUUAGAUUUUUUACAGUCUUCAAAUUUUGAACCCUUGCAACAAGUGUAUGUUAAGUUUCUGACUUGGAAUACAGUUUUUCUCCUAGCCUUAGCUUCAGCAAAGCGUGUUUCAGAAUUGGGUUCCCUUGUCCUGCAAGCCACCGUAUCUGGUGUUUCAUGAUGAUAGAGCGGAACUUCGGACGAAUCCCGCUUUCCUACCAAAGGUAGUAUCUUCUUUUCAAAUCAAUUAACCAAUCGUAGUUCCGGUAUUAUCAGAGGGUGCAGGAACUCCAGCUACAUUGGAUGUGGUACGCGUACCCCGCAUUUAUGUAGCCCAAACAUCAACAGUGCGUAAAACGGAUACGUUGUUUGUUCUCUAUGAUGCAGUCAAGAUAGGUUGGCCAGCUUCCAAACACACCUUGGCCAGAUAGAUUAACUUGACCAUUCGUCAGGUGCACUUUCAUGCUAGUCUAACACCGACUGCAUGUGUCAGCACAUUCCACGCGUUCUGUGGGAACGUCAUGGGAGCAGGUCAUGGAGCUUUUAUGAUGCAACUUUGCCGUGCGGCUACAUGGUCAUCAGUGCACACGUUUGUGCACUUUUACAAGUUUAAUACGUUUGCGGCAUCAGCAUCUAGCUUUGGCCGUCUAGUGUUACAGGUGCCAAACAGCUCUCCCGCCCAAGGGGGAAACUUUGGUAUGUCCCAAGAGUACUCCAGUGACCCAUAGUGGAUGAAAAAAUAGGAUAUUGGUACUUACCAGAUAAAUCCUUUACUUUGAAUCCACAGGGGGCACUGGACACCCACCCAGAGCACUUUCACCUGUCUUGUGGUAAGUUCAGUAGAUCUUAUGGUAACGGAUUCUCACCAACUUGCUCAAUUGUUAAGGUGAUUGUUAUCUAUUGUCGCGUCAACUGUUCAGUUGUCCAUUUCAUUAUGUGUCAACUUUAUCGUUGUCCGUUAUGUUAUAAUGUUAUAUGUAAUUCUCUAAUGUUCAUCCUAUCUAUUGCUCCUGUUUGGCUCAGUAAAAACACUGAGGUACCUUGGUGUAUGGAGGAGGUGGAGGGUUACUAAUUUAAAUAUUUAAAUGUGCCCGUCCCUGCUAACACACCGUCCAUAUCUCAAGAGUACUCCAGUGCCCCCUUUGGAUUCAAAGAAAAUAAUUUAUCUGGUAAGAACCAAAAUCCUAUUAUUAUCCCCAAGCAGCACUAAGGUGUCCAAGGGGGAGACCGGGCGGUGGCAGUAGUGGUGGGGCGAUGGUGGGUGGCAGUAGUGGGGGGAACAGGGCGUGGCAGUAUUGGGGAGAGAGUG